AAAAAAAAAAAGGGAAUACUGAGUUCGCGUCUUGUAUUUGUAUAUAAAAUAAUUAGAAACAGCAAAUCCAAGCGAGUCCCUCCUUCCUUCCUCUCUCUAUCUCUCUCUCAGAAUUUCUGCGGGAGAUCUCAAAGUGUUCCUCUAAUUAGGUAUUCUGUCGCAAUUUAUCCAUCGGUGAAAUUCCAGCCCUUGAUUUUGUUAAUGUUAACAAGGGAUAAUUUGAGUUAUGGGACAGAGGAACAUGCUAUGCGCUAGUCAGAUUGAUCUAGAAAUGGAUAGGCAAGGCCAGGGAUAUCUACAUCCUGAGCCUUGCAUUCUCUUGGGGGGCAUAACCAACUUCCCACAGCCUGAUAUUCAGACAGUGGUUACAGCUUCAGGGGGUACAACUAAUGUUGAUGGCCAUCAUCUACCAGAGCGUUAUGACAAUGCUAUUUUUUAUGGGAUGCCACAAUACCAUGGUGUUCAACAUCAUCAUCAGCAUCAUGUGCCAAAUCUUGACUUAGGUGCUGCUGCUGCUGCUGCAUCCAACUUCUAUGUUCCUUACAUGACCCCAUCUGCUGGUAUUCCUUUAAGUCACCAGUCUUGUGAUCAUUUACCAUCUUCCACCAAUUAUGGAGUCAUUGGAGUUUCAGCUGAUGAGUAUGGAACAAACAAUAACUUCAUGGAUAGUGCCAGAGGUUCAUACAAGAGAAAGAAUGCUGAAGGCAACUCUGGGAAUUUCCAGUAUUUCAAUGCCUCAGCAAGCUCCAGUUCUUCAUUUACCCCCUUAAAUACAAGACAUCCUGAUGGGUUUCUUCUUAUGGAUGCUGCAUCUUUUGCCCCACCUCAGUACAGAGGGAACAGUGCUCCAUCAAUCAGGGAGCUGGGAUCUCAUAGAAGUGUGAGGAACAGAUUAGGUGCUACUGGGCUCGAUCCUGUUCUGGCUCACAACCAAAAUCACUUUAUUCAAGGAAACUAUAUGAGUCAGCCCUUUCAGCCAUCUGGUUCUCUAUGGUUGGAUCAACAGCUAAGCAAUAAUUCCAGUGACACAGGAGCCUCAGCAUGGACCCAGAACCCAGCUAUUACUUACAUGCAUGGGAACAAUGUCAGUGGGGUUGAGACCGGAAGCAUGGGUCCACAGCAUUAUCAUGACCUGUCUGGCAAUAGAACUAACUCGAGUUUCUUGCAUCCCUCUCCUGCCAACCUCCGGCACCACAAUUUUCAUCACCUUUCACCUCCUGUUCAAGGAAUGAGAGGCCACAAUCUUAAUGUUCUUCCUCAGGUACCAGCUGCUUCAUUUAGAGGUCCUACAAGCUAUGCUUCACAGAGCAAUGUCAAUCCGUCUCAGGAUGGUAUGGAUAUAGGAGUUAGGCAUCCAGGAUCUGUCCAGCCAACAAGCCUUAGGAUAUACAGACCUCACCGUGAGGGAGUUUUAUCAGAUACAGCUAUAAGACACCGCAAUGUUCCUCAUCUUAGAGUCUUACCAACUGAUGGGGUAGCUGUACUAGAGUUCCCUGACUAUUAUGAGGUAGAGAAUUAUGUUGACCAUCACAGUGAUAUGCGCUUGGAUAUAGAGGAUAUGUCUUAUGAGGAGCUUCUUGCACUUGGGGAGAGGAUUGGCAAUGUGAACACUGGAUUAUCAGAGGAAACCAUCAGAAGUAAAUUGAAGACACGGAAAUGUUUAUCAUCACCGAUGUCAAUCAAUCUGGAAGAGGCAGCUUGUGCGGAUCAAGAAUCUGAUGCUUGCAUUAUAUGCCAGGAUGAUUACAAGCAUCAAGAGAAGAUUGGCACUCUUGAUUGUGGACACGAGUACCAUGCAGAUUGCUUGAAGAAGUGGCUGCGCGUGAAGAAUGUCUGCCCAAUCUGCAAAUCUGAAGCAUUGACUGCAGAAAGGAAGGAUGUAUAGGAGCAAUGAUGUCACCCUUCCCUUCAGGAAAUAAAAAAAUAUUUAUAGGAAAGGGGUGAUGGUUGUGGAUGGUCAAUUAAACAUUGCUGUAUGUUCUUUCUGCUAAUUAUUUACUAUGGGCGAAGUUGGUAUUUUGGUAUGUUUUUUGUACAUUUAAAUGCAGAUAAUACAACUAACAGUCUCACUGUGAAUCAUUUGUUUGGUGGUCCUGUAUUUAUCAAACUUGUACAGACUUACUCAUUAAGCAUUUGCGUGCUUGUAUUAUUAACUUUCUGUUAAUGUUUCAUUUUCAUGUUCAGAUUGACA